AAGGUUUGUCAUUUAUCGCGUAAUAUAUAAGGAACGAGCAAAGGUAACACACAUUUUCACAACACAGUUUACAUUGCAAACAUGAAGAAAUGGAUAACUGUUGUACUUUUUCUUUUUUGUUCAUACGCAAGUUCAUCUGUUCGUGAAAAACGCCUAAUUCUUCACAGUAGUGAUGACGUAUUUAAUGAAAUCCAAACCUUGAAGUCGGAAAUUGCAAGUAUAAAGGCAUCUUCAGAUGCUAAUAGAAAAGAUACUGGUUCCAUCUAUACAAGAUGGGGAAAGAAUGACUGUGAUGGAAAUGGAACAGAUAAAACUUAUUCAGGGUAUACUGCCGGACACCCCCAUGAUGUUGCUGGUGGUGCAGCGAGUUAUAUUUGUCUUCCCGAAAAUCCAACAUGGGCAAAGUUCGUUGAAGGUCUACAAAAUGAAGGAGCUUACAUUUCUGGAACAGAGUAUGAGAUCUAUGCUGCCUUUAAUCCAUUCCCCAAGAAUAUGCAUGACCAAGAUGCACCAUGUGUAGUUUGUAGAAGUCCAAGACCAAUUUCAAUAAUGAUACCAGGAAAAACUGAUUGUUAUUCAGGAUGGACGCUGGAAUAUACUGGGUACCUCAUGUCUGGACAUAACACUCAAAAAGCUUCCACAGAUUACGCAUGUGUUGAUGCCAAUCCAGACUCCGUUUUACAUGGUGAAAGUAAUCAGAAUGGAAAGCUGUUUUAUUUCGUGGAAGUGAAAUGUGGGUCCUUACCGUGUCAGGAGUAUCCACAAGGUCGAGAGUUAGCAUGUGUAGUAUGCUCUAGAUAAAAACUGAGUAUAACAUAUGAUCUAUAAAGUACGAAAUUACUCUCUACCAUGACCUUCCUUGAUGUUAUUAUGUAUAAAUAAAGCAUAAAUAAGGAAUUUAUAUAUAUAUUUGAAAUAUAAAUGUAUUGAAAAAG